AUGAGAGAAAUUAUUCACAUUUCUACCGGUCAGUGUGGUAACCAGAUUGGUGCUGCGUUCUGGGAGACCAUUUGCGGCGAGCACGGUCUGGAUUUCAACGGUAAUUAUCAUGGUCUUGACGACAUCCAAAAAGCGCGUUUGAACGUGUACUUCAACGAGGCUUCGUCCGGAAAGUGGGUCCCCCGUUCUGUGAACGUUGAUCUCGAGCCUGGUACCAUUGACGCCGUGCGCAACUCCAGAAUCGGAAACCUGUUCAGACCAGACAACCACAUCUUCGGCCAGUCCUCUGCUGGUAAUGUGUGGGCCAAGGGCCACUACACGGAGGGUGCUGAGCUGGUUGACUCCGUGAUGGACGUUGUCAGACGCGAGGCAGAAGGCUGCGAUUCGCUUCAAGGUUUCCAGAUCACACAUUCCCUGGGUGGUGGUACAGGGUCCGGUAUGGGUACGCUGUUGAUCUCUAAGAUCAGAGAGGAGUUCCCAGACAGAAUGAUGGCCACCUUCUCCGUGGUGCCCUCCCCAAAGACUUCCGACACCGUCGUAGAGCCUUACAACGCCACUCUGUCCGUUCACCAGCUGGUUGAGCACUCCGACGAAACCUUCUGUAUUGACAAUGAAGCGCUAUAUGACAUUUGUCAGAGAACACUUAAGCUGAAUCAACCCUCUUACAACGACCUCAACCACCUGGUUUCGUCGGUCAUGUCUGGUGUCACUACUUCUCUACGUUACCCAGGUCAAUUGAACUCCGAUUUAAGAAAACUGGCUGUCAACUUGGUGCCAUUCCCUCGUCUGCAUUUCUUCAUGGUUGGUUAUGCCCCACUAACCUCGAUCGGAUCUCAAUCCUUCAGAUCGUUGAGCGUACCCGAGCUCACGCAACAAAUGUUCGACGCUAAGAACAUGAUGGCCGCUUCCGACCCAAGAAACGGUAGGUACUUGACGGUGGCUGCCUUUUUCAGAGGUAAGGUAUCUGUGAAAGAAGUCGAGGACGAAAUGCACAAGGUCCAAACACGUAAUUCAUCGUACUUUGUUGAGUGGAUCCCUAACAAUGUGCAGACCGCUGUGUGCUCUGUUGCUCCAAAAGACCUCGAUAUGUCCGCAACCUUUAUCGGUAACUCCACCUCCAUCCAAGAGCUAUUCAAGAGAGUUGGCGACCAGUUCGCUGCAAUGUUCAGAAGAAAGGCAUUUUUGCACUGGUACACAAGCGAGGGUAUGGAGGAGAUUGAGUUUUCUGAAGCCGAGUCGAACAUGAACGACCUGGUCAGCGAAUAUCAACAAUACCAAGAGGCCACCGUCGAGGACGACGAAGAGCUUGAAUACGCCGACGAACAGCCUUUGCCUGAAAACUUCGAAUAA